UCACCAUUCAUAAUUCGUUGUUGUAGUGAAAUGUUUUUUGGGUGGAACCGCAGCUAAAUUGGUAACGUCAGACGAUUUCUUUUAAAAACAUUGCAAACUAAAGUAGAAAUUAAUUAGAAAAUUCAGUAAAAUGUCGCGAAGCAAUACCGCACAAGGCAGUGGAUCAUCCUUGCAAACAUACAAACUAGUGAUUGUUGGAGGUGGUGGCGUAGGAAAAUCUGCGUUAACAAUACAAUUUAUUCAGAGCUACUUUGUUACUGACUAUGAUCCUACAAUUGAAGACUCCUACACCAAACAGUGUGUCAUCGACGAUGUGCCAGCAAAGUUAGACAUUUUGGACACUGCCGGCCAGGAAGAAUUCAGCGCCAUGCGUGAACAGUAUAUGCGCUCUGGGGAAGGGUUUCUGCUUGUUUUUGCCCUAAACGACCAUUCCAGUUUCGAUGAAAUACCAAAAUUCCAAAAACAAAUACUACGAGUAAAGGAUCGCGAUGAAUUUCCAAUGCUAAUGGUUGGCAACAAAUGCGAUUUGGAUCAACAGCGUCAAGUUUCGCUAGAUGAAGCACAAACCAUUAGCAGAAAUCUCUUGAUACCAUAUAUUGAAUGCAGCGCCAAGUUGCGGGUGAAUGUCGAUCAAGCCUUUCAUGAGCUUGUACGAAUUGUGCGAAAAUUCCAAUUGGCUGAACGCCCCUUCUUGGAGGAGAGCUACAAUAGGAAGAGCAAGCGGAAAUGUUGCGUGUUGUAAUAGCAAAAAAAAAAAAUCACACGUUAGGAAAAAGUAGAAAAACAAAUACAGAAUGACGCAGAAAGAGCAAAAAAAAAGGAAUUUCAAUGAUGAAAAAUUUAAAUUUUAUAAUGGAUGUUGAUCAAGAACAAAAUUUGCCAAUGAACCAAACAACAAAAAAUAUAUAGACAUAUUUCGAAAAUAGCACAAGGAAAGCAUGAAUCUAUGUCAGUUGUUUGCAUACAAGCAGUCGCAUGCAACUUUGACAAACAAAGGCACAAGUGCAAUAAAAGAAAAAAUAGAAAAAAGUUGAGAAAAAGCACUUCAAAUCCGGUUGUACAUGUAUGCGACUCAUAUGAACUCAUAAGAAAUAUAGUGCAACGCUAUAACAACAAUUGUACAAAUACGAAAUUCUAAUGAAAGCCACCAGAGUCCAUAAUAUUUACACACCAAUGAUCAGCAUAGUAUGUUAAUGUUCUUCCUAAAAAAAUCAACGAAAAUAUCGAAUACCACCAAAAAAAAAUCCAAUUUCUUGUUUGUAUUAAUCCAAAUAAUAAGUCAUUCGAAAUGUUGUUAACCAAAUUUAUGCUGAAUGCAAAAAAA